CUCAACCACUCGGCUAUCCGUGCUGUCAUGACAAUGAUUGUAAUAAAUAGCUUAUCUUUCAUUAUUUCAGUUGAUAACUCAGAGUUAUAUGCACAAGAGGAGCAAACUCAUCGCAGGCAAAACCCUGGAAAGUUCCAAAAUGCUAGAUUUUUGAUCGAGCCUAGGAGUAGUGCACCACAAGCUAGAUACAGAUCUAGAGACGACCAGCACGAGGGGUUUAGACCCAAUUUUCAUCCAGAUCAAACCCAAGUACCUUUGGCAUUAAGAAGGAAUGUCCAAUCAGAACUGUCUGGAAGACGAAGUGACAGGAGAGGCUACUCAGACAAUCAUGCUGAUCAUUUCGAGGUUCACGAUGGGGAUCUUCUACAGUCUCCAUCUGGCUUCCAAGCUCCUAAGAGGAGAAGAGAAGAUUUCAGUCAGAUACAUCAAGAAAACCAGCUUCUGCAACAUGGAUCAGGCCUUAGAGAUAGUUCUUCUAUUAAAGGUCUGGACUACCAUCAGCCAGCUCGCAGCCCAGCGUAUAGCUCACACAGCGACACUGAGGAGGUUGAUCAUCACACUUUUAUUCACAAUGAUGGAAUAAACAACGAUUAUCAAGUCCCACAGUACCUACCAAGCAAAAGACCAAAACCCAUCUACUACAAGCCAAACCCAACACCACCAGCAUAUCAAAGACCGAAGACUUUUGAAAAUCCACUCUUAAGAGGUGGAAAACAGAACUUCGGAAACGAAUACAUUGACAACGAACCAGAAGUUUACGUUAGAGAAACUAAAAGAUUUGCUGUAAGCCGAAACACCGGUCCAAGUCAACCAAGACGUCGUAAUAAUGAAGGGUCUACUAAAGAAGGACAGGCUAUAACUGAUCAUGUAAGAGAAUUUGAGAGAAAUGCUCAGGAAUAUAUCAAUAAAGCCUUAAAAGAAGCAAGCGAAGCCGAGGAAUACGCUAAAGAAAUAGCUAAUAAAGUUAAAGCUUACGCUUCUAUUAACAAAGAUGAUCAGAAAUCAUAUCCUAAUAUAGCGCCAGUCUUUGCACCUGCCAACGGAGAAAACAAUUUAGAAUUCGCCGAUAAUUCACAUCAAAAUAUUCCAGACCAUGAAUCUGAUAAAGUAGAUGUUGUCGAUGAUGGACCUGUGUACCAAGCACCUGUUUAUUAUGUACCAACUGGUAAAUUCGAUAACAAUCCACGGUACAGAGAUGUUUAUCCUAAUGUUGUUGCUAAGCCAUACAGACCAGUUUUAGACUAUCCCGUACAUGUCAGAAAGGGGUACAACCCUCGGCAAGUCAGCGGUAAUGUCAACGUUGUAGCAAACGCUAACCCAUCAAACGUAGAUGGUGCUAACAAUAGUAAUGACAAUGAGCAAGAAAUUAACGUAGCUGACAAUCCUCAAAGCAUCCCAAGCGUGAACGAAGGUAGCAAUGUUCAUGUAGUAGAAAAUGCGGUUGAUAAUAAUAUCCAGGAUAACGUAAAAGUUGUUGAUAAUGGGGAAAAAGUUACAUUCGUAGAUAAUACAAGUCAUGGGCCAAAUAAUGGAGUUAAUAUUGUUGAGUCACCCGCCAACAAUCUAAUUAGACCAGGUGUAUGGAACCAAGGACCUAAUUCUCAUUUAUUGAGAAACGAUCAUCAGACAAAUGAACAAGCCUAUAAUAUACCCACAUACUACGUACCUAACGGCAAAUUUUCGAAUAACCCACGCUUUAAGGAUAUUUAUCCCAACAUUAAGCCCAACUAUGGGCCUUUAGAUUACCCAGUUCAUGUCAGAAAAGGUUACAUUCCACGUCGUGUUACAAGUAAUGUUAUUUUUGUGGAUAGUGCACCUACACAAAAUGUUGGCAAGCCGGUUAAUAUAGCUGACAAUUCUCAAAACGAUCCAAUUGUGAAUGAAGACAAUGCUAACAAAGUGAAGGUAGUCGAAAAUGCAGUAAACAAUAAUGAACAAGGUACAGUAAAUAUUGUAAAUCCAAGUGACGAUCAAAAUCAAAACGAUGGAGAAAAAGUGACAGUUGUUAAUAGCAAUCCAGUUAUUGGAUCAAAUAAUGGAGUGAAUGUCGUCGACUCACCUAUCACCAAUCCAAACAGACCAGGACUUUGGAAUCAAGGCCCUAACUCCCAUUUAUUACGAAACCAACCGAACAAUGGUAAACAAAUAAAUCAAGCACCGUCCAAUUUCCCUUAUGAAAAAUUCGGUAACAAUCCCAGAUAUAAAGAUCUUUAUCCCAACGUUAAUAAUCCCAACCAUGGACCUUUUAACAAGGUUGAUGUAGUAGAAAACGCAGCUAAUCACAACCAAGAUAAAGUACAAAUUGCAGAACCAGCAAAUGUCAGCAAUACAGAUGAAGAAAAAGUUGAAUUUGUUAACAACGAGGAAUCAAAUAUAGGUAACGCAGGAGAUAAUAUUGUCGGCCCUGUUGCCAAGCCGGAUGUACCAAACCAUUGGAACCAAAGUCCAGACAAUUCGCAUUUACUAAGAGAUAAGAAACCGAUUGCAGAAACAAAACCAGCCACUGACUUAGUACAAAAUAAUAAUCCGACCUAUCAAAGACCUAAUAAUGUGAUUAAUGAUAAAUUCAAAAACAACCCAAGAUAUCAAGGUUUAAAUAAUAAUGAAGCUAAACCUGCCGUUUUACCUGAAGUGCCAGUAAAUGUAAGAGAAGAACCCCAAAUUGACAAUACUGAUACCGGAGCACCCGGAUACAUGGCGUCACCAUCCAACUUAUACGACGAUUCAGAGAACCCUGACACAGUUCAAAACGCUUACAAAUCUAGGCCGAGAUACAAUGGUUUUAGGCCGUAUAAACCCUACGGUAAAAGAGGUUUUAAUACGAAACCCAUUAUUGAAAACAGCUUUUAUAGAAACCCCCAGAAUUUCCUGCCGAUUCAAGUUGUGAAUGGUCCAACUACGAUUGUAGGAGGGCCUGUAACUGGUUUCCAAGUUCCUGAUAUAUCUCCAGUAUUUGCCGACGUCAUAGCUCUACCAGACGGUACUUACAUUGAUAAACCUCUUAAUGAGAAAAAUGUAAAUACUCCUAUCGUUAACAAAGCUCCAGGAGAAGUUAAAACUGAGGAAGAAAAAACCCCUCAAGAAAUUGUUCCUACAGUUGGAAAUGAUUUAGAAAAAGUACAACCUUCCAAUGAUCUUGAUGAUCCAAAGGUAAUAAGUGUGGGAAACAAACAAGACCAGACUCCCGCUGCAGCUGAAACACCUAAUAAGCUCACACCAGAGAAGGAUGAACCUGUAAACGAAGUUCCUAAUGCUGGACCGACCACUAUUCUUGGGAAUAAACCAGCAACCGAUGCUCAGGUCCCAAAUAUAUCUCCAGCUUUAGCUGAUGUUACUACUCCUACUCCAGAUAAACUUGGUAAAGAAAAUAAUGAUAAUACAGAACCUGAAAAAGCCACAGAAAGUGAAAUUGUAAAAACUAUAGAAGAAAAACUUCCUCAAGCUGCUACUGCUGUAAAUAGUUCAGAGGAUGAAGAAGCCAAAUCUUCUGUAGAUGAUGUUUCAAGUGAAGUACCGAAAACCAUUCCUGAGAAUAGUCCCGUUAACGAUGCUCAGGUUCCAGAUAUUUCGCCAGCUUUUGCUGAUGUUAUUGCUUUACCUAAUGGCACAUAUGUUGAUAGACCUAUCAGUAAAAAUGACACCAAUACACCAUCAGAUAACGAACCUUCUGAUACUGGAUCCCAAAUAUCUGAGACUGCAUUUAUAAAUGUUAUUGUACAGCCUGAUGGCACACUGGUACCGACUAAUGGUGGCGAAGUUCUAACAAGAGACGACAAUAAAAUACCAAUCGACGUAGGUAGUCUUUUUGAAAUUAUUGCGCAGAAAUUCGCUAAAGGAAAGGAAGAACCUAAAACAGUUGAAAAUGGUACAAAGGACACUAUACCUUCUACACAAGACGAAAAAGAUAGCUUGGAUUCUACAAAUGUUGGUGAAGUUAGUGAAGAUAAUAAUAAAGUCCCAUCUGACUCCGCUCCCGUUGAAACUGACAAAAUAGAUGAGAAAACUGAAAAAACAAAUGUCGAGUCAAGUUUAACUAAAGAAUCUCCCGUUGGAAAUAACCUUGAAAAUGUUGAUGCAAAUGAAGCAAGUACUGAAAGUACCAGAAAGAGAAAACAUAAGAAAGACAAAUCACGCAAACAUAAGAAGACAAAAAAGGCAGUAGACGAAGACGGCGCAGCCAAGAAUGAUGAUCUCGUGAAGGAUUUAAAUGAUGCUGACAAAGAUGGAACCAAAAAGGUUGACAAAAUCGAAAGUAUUGAAACAUCUAAGACUGACACUUUAGAUGGUGUUAAUGAAAAGAUUUCAAAGAAACACAAACACAAGAAAGGAAAGAGGAAACAUAGAAAAGGUGGGAAACAUUCCAAAAAUAAUAAUUUGACUGAUGGCGAAGAAAAAACACAAACUGUCGAUGAUGCUACAAUAACUGAAGAACAACAGACAAUCUCUAAGGAAUCUGAUCUUUCAGAGACUGUCCAUGUUAAAAAACACAAAUCCAAGCGAUCGAAAAACUCUGAAGUCCGUAAAAAUAAGAAGAAACACUCUAAAAGGAAUAAGGGUAAGAAAACAGAAACCGAUGAUGUUGUGAAUGACGAUUCUGAAGUAAAAUCUGAUAAAACUGACGUUUUAAUUGAAAAAGAUGAAACAAAAGAUACUGAAACAUUAUCAAAGGAAAAGGCACUCUCAGAUGAAGUUGUCGAACAAGCUGUGACAUCUGGAGAUUCUAAAGACAGUAAAGGAAAGAGGCACCACGGCAAAAGCGGUAAAGAUGAAAAAUCAACUACAGAAAGAAGACACAAGAAAGACAAGAAAUCGAAAAAGCAUAAGAGCAAACAUAAUAUUGACGUAACUGAACAAGUAGAUGAACAGUCUACACAAGAAGAAAGUAGCGCAGUAAAAAAAGAUCAAGAGUCAUCUAUCAGUGAGAAGAAUGAAGAUACAAACACAAAUGACAUUGAGGCCAUCAAUAGUGAUGUCAAAAAUGUAACAGACGACGUAUCUACCGAUACUAAAGAUAAAAUAGAAAAAGUUGAAGAUACCGAUGACAAAACAUCGAUAACGAAUAGUGAUGUGACUGGUGAUGAACAAACUGUUGAGAAUACGGUUGAUACUGCCGCUGGGAAGAAAAAGCCAAGUGAUAGCAAUGGUGAAGAAACUGAGGGGGAUGAUGAAAACAGUGGCAAAUCUGAUAAAUCUACAACUAAAGAUACCAAAUCUGGUAAAGGAGAUGAAGAAAGGAACCUAUCCGAAGCAAAAAUAAUAAGAAAACUUACUCGACACUAUAAAUUAUAUUAUCCCAAACGUAAGGCCGUUUCAAAAACAACUGACUCUGUCGCUGAACAAGAAAAAGAAGCUGAUACGAAAGUUGAUGAAAUUAAAGAGAAAUUAGAUGAUAGUGAUUCAUCUAACUCAGGUACUGACAGUGAAAAUGAAACAGAAGAUGAUGAUCAAACAAAAUCAGAUGCAGAUAAAACUAAAUUGAAAAAACAUCACGUAAGGUCUCAUAAACAUAAAGGAAAGGUUUCUAAAUCUAAUAAUUCAGAAAUUAGCUCUGAAACAGAAUUGAAAAUUACCAAGAAAUCUAAGUCAAAACAAUCUAAAGAAAAAACUGAAAGCAGUAAACUAGAAACCGACGAAGAUCUCGAGCAGAAUGAUGAAGUUACAGAAGAUGAAGAAACUAAUGAAAUAAACGAAUCAAAGGAAACAAUUAAAUCUAAAGUUUCGAAAGCACAUAAUACUAAAACUAAAUCAACCAAGAAAGUUAAGAGGAAUGUUGAAAAAACAGCUGAAGAAAUUGUGGAUGAAAAUGUCACUGAAACUACUAAAACAUCUGAUGAAAAUUUAUCUGAAACUGUAAACCAUUCUGAUGAAGAAUCUGAAGAUGACAAUAAUUCGGAAUAUUUAGUUUAAAAAUGACAUCACCUUAUAGUUACUUAUAAAUGAUUGGUAAAGAUGUCAUUUAAAAAAUGGUUUUUAAUUUUAGACUAUAAGGAUUUCUAUUUUUGAAAUAUUUAUUCAGGAAAGGAUGGUAUUCACAAUUGUGCAAUGAGUGUUACACAGAUACAUUUAUAUAAAAUCCACGACAUUGUCUACAGGUUAAUUACUAAUAAUAAUAAAAUCGAGAAAAUAUGGCUGAGGCCAUACAAAAAGAAUGUUUCAGAAAUAAAUAAAUUAAAUUAAUUAACAAUUUUAACAUAAAGCUGUAUUAAGAUUUCGAAAGCGAUAUACAUAUGAAUAAACGUUGAGUUAUCAAAUAAGUUCUUUCAAUUUUCAUUUCUUUUGUUCUGAAUGCGAAUUUAAUUUUCAUGAGUUGUCUCUGAAACUAUAAUAAAAUCAUGUAAAAAUCGA